AAAUUAAUUAAUUAAUUAAAAAUAAAGAGGGUGUGGGAGUGCUACCUUCUAUCUCUCUCUCUAUGCUUCCAUUUCACUGUUGUCUUAAAAUUGUUAUUAAGGCAUUCAUUCUCUCACAUCACCUACCAUUGAUAACUUCAUCCCCCCUCUCUCUCUCUCUCUCUCUCUCUCUCUCUCUCUCUCAUCAUAUUAUUUAUUUAUAUUCCUUUACCUGAUUAACCACCACAAACAAAACAACAACAAUAAUAUUAUAUCCAUUAAUAAUCAGCAAAAACCCAUUCCAGCAAGCAUUCAGUAAAAAAAUGAUUUGCCCAUUUUAGAGCGUGGCUCUGUAGUAAAGAUUUGAUUUUCCGGACAUUCUUGAAAUGUGGGUUUUGUUUGUUUUUAUUAAGGUUUCUUGGAGCUGAGUUCUUUUGAUGGGGUUUUCAAGAUCUGCCCUUUGAGGGACUGUUUGUUUUAUUAUCUCUCUUAAAAAGGUUUCUUUGAAAAUCCUCAACAAUGGGUACUAAUCUGAACACCGAACUAUCGAAAAACGCCGGCAUUUUAGGCCUCAAAGUGUGGGAAAUUAUCGGGAUAAUCGUCGCGUUACUAAUCAUAACAAUCCUCUUUAUACUAACGUUCUACCUAACUUCACGUAAAAAAUUAAAAAAAUCUCAACCGAAAAGCCUCCCCCUCAGCCAAAUACCCACCAUCUCGAAAGAAAUAAAAGAAGUACGAGUCGAGCAAAUAUCAUCGGACCAUUUCGCCCCUACUGACGGCAUUCUCCUCACAAUCCACGACAAAUCAAGCAAUAAAGAAUCCGACAAAGUUAUGGUCCACUUAGGAAUCACCAAAGAUAACAGCAGCCAAUCGGGCUCGUUCCAUCACGUAGACAAAGAUUACUGCGAAUCACAAUCGGGCGAAGAGGGGGCGUUUUCGGUAUUUAACAAUAAUAAUAAUAAUAAACCUUCUUCUUCUUCACAUCCAAUAGUAACGGCUCCUUCGCCUUUAAGUGGUUUACCUGAAUUUUCUCACUUGGGGUGGGGCCAUUGGUUUACUUUACGAGACCUCGAACAAGCUACUAAUAAAUUUUCGAAGGAGAAUGUACUUGGAGAAGGUGGCUAUGGAGUUGUUUAUCGAGGGCAGCUUAUUAAUGGAACUCAUGUCGCGGUUAAGAAGCUUCUAAACAACUUAGGUCAAGCCGAAAAGGAAUUUAGAGUUGAGGUCGAGGCUAUUGGACAUGUGAGGCAUAAGAAUUUGGUUCGACUUCUCGGAUAUUGUAUCGAAGGAACUCAUAGAAUGCUAGUUUACGAGUACGUCAACAACGGAAAUUUAGAACAGUGGCUUCAUGGUGCAAUGCGUCACCAUGGAUAUCUUACAUGGGAAGCCAGGACAAAAGUUCUGCUCGGCACAGCUAAAGCUCUUGCGUAUUUGCACGAGGCAAUUGAACCGAAAGUGGUUCACAGAGAUAUAAAAUCGAGCAAUAUAUUGAUCGACGAAGAGUUCAAUGCUAGGGUUUCUGAUUUCGGUCUUGCUAAGCUACUUGGUGCUGGGAAAAGUCAUAUUACCACUCGAGUCAUGGGUACCUUUGGAUAUGUUGCUCCUGAAUAUGCGAAUACUGGACUUUUAAACGAAAAGAGUGACGUUUAUAGCUUCGGUGUUUUGCUAUUAGAAGCAAUUACUGGAAGGGAUCCAGUCGACUACGGUCGCCCUGCUCCAGAGGUUAAUUUGGUGGACUGGUUGAAAAUGAUGGUGGGAAAUAGGCGUUCGGAAGAAGUGGUGGACCCGAAUAUAGAGACGAGGCCUUCGACUAGAGCACUCAAAAGGGCACUUUUGACAGCUUUGAGAUGUGUUGAUCCGGAUUCAGACAAAAGACCUAGGAUGAGUCAAGUUGUUCGAAUGCUUGAAUCCGAAGAAUAUCCCAUUCCAAGAGAGGAUCGAAGGAACAGAAGAACACGGGCGAGUAGCAUUGAGAUGGAUUCUCAACGAGAGAAUUACGACACUGAUAAAAGUGACACUCAGGAUAUAAAAUCAUAGAGCA